GGACUGCGUACAUUAUUCGUGGCUGUGCCGUUCACAUCGAAAUGCAACGCGAACAUUUCAUCGUGAAGUACAUUACAACGAACAAUUGCUUUGCACAUCUGUCGGCUACCUGGCUGCGUCGUUUGGAUACUAAGGAGAAUGCGAUCGAAAUAUCGCACAACGGAAAGACGUACUAUCUUUCUUGCGUCGCUCGCGUUAAUAAUGAUGAAACAUUAUGUAUCGGGGCAACAUUCGCGAGAUGUUUGAACAUCCAAGACGGAGACGAAGUGUUCGCGUCCUCUGUGAAAAGCGUUUCCACGCUAAGCAGCGUUCAGGUUGUUCCACGUACGGCAAACGAUCGUGAGCUUCUGGAAUUGCAAAUGGAAAGGAUACAAUCGAGUCUUUUGAGCCAAGUGAGAAUCGUCGCGAAAGGACAGCCAAUUGUGGCGUGGAUCUCAAAGUUUUCCUCCGUGACUUUCAGCGUGGAGGAUUUAGAACCAAAAUUGGAGUAUGGGUUGCUUGAAGAACUUACGGAGAUUCAUGUGCUCAAUGCGAUCGCGAAUACGACGAUAAAGGAUGCAGUUGUUGAGGAGGAUGCUUCGAAGACAGUCAGUCCUUUAGCCAAGAUACUGCCUUACUUUGCCAAAGAAAAAGAUCAUCGCAAUUUGAAGGACCAUGCCGCAAAUUAUGCGUUAUUGCAGAUUUUCCGCAGUAGAAUCGUGCCUCGAGUGUUCCGGGUGUAUGAAUUCUCACGACAUGAUUACGACCAGAUGAAUUCUCACGACAUGAUUCUGCGAUGUCCCUAUCAUAUUUUGAUUCCGAGAAGCUAUUUUCCGAAAAACGCACGAACAAGUGAAAUGAUGAUGUGUCAAGUCAGAAAAGUGCCGGAAUAUCAGCAGCACGGUAACGUCACCAGCGUGAAAAAUAACGAUCCUUCGAAAGAAACAACGAACUUCGAAUCUCCGAAAGAAUUCGUCGCAAGAGUUUACGUUCUCGAAGACAUUUUGGAUAAGUGUUCCGCGUCAUUAGACAGAAAAUAUUUCGACUUGAACUCGAUCCACUCCUGCGCGUACGUGUCGGCGAGUUUAAGGAUCUCUCUGGGAUUGGAAAUUGGAAGCAGAGUGAUCGUGCAAAUGAUCAAAGGGGACAAGCGGCCGAAGUUAUCGUCGAUGAAAGUUUUUUCCAACGAUCAAUCGAUAACGUCGGAGGUUUUUAACAAUUACGUGAAACUCCAUUCGAGGCACGAGCCGCUGCUGCUCAAUUCGUUUGCCAUGCUUUUACUUGACGACGGUAAACAGUGCGUGGUACAAAUGUCGCCCGAGGAUUGCAAUUACGCAACGAUUGGGGAGGAUACGGAAGUUUUGCUCAACUUUGUCCCGUCUGCGUCGGAUUUGAGUAAUGGGAAAAUUUUGGAAAACUGUCCCGAGGAAAGUUCGAAGGCGGAGAAAAUUUCCACUAGAUGUAUGGAAGAUAUUCUCAAAGACUGCGAGAUCGCGCUCGAUCUCGGCUUAAGUUUACGGAGAGUGGUGAACUUCCGUUACGAUCGAGAGAACAUUUUGAUUUGCGGUGACGUCGGUUCCGGCAAAACGACGAUUUGCAAAAAGUUACUCGAGCGUUAUCGCGAGGCGCCGUAUUUUGUAUACACGCAUGUGAUCGAGUGCAGAUUGUUGAAAGGCAAAAAGGCAGAGACAUUGCACGAGAUCAUUACGUCCGCCAUGGGCAAAUGCGUGUAUUAUCAGCCGUCCAUACUGUUUUUGGACGAUUUGGAGUGCAUUACCAAUGCGUCAUUAAGUGACGAGAAAAAUACGAUAGACGCGAUGAACGAUUCCAGAAUUACCGAUCUGUUGAUCAAUACCGUCACGCAAUAUCAAGAUUCUCAUUACAUCUCUGUCGUCGCCACUUGUGCCAGCGUGAGUAAAAUCGGCUUGGGAUUACGGCCGGCAAGAGGAGUGCAAUUCUUUAGGACAGUCUUGCAAAUCCCGAAUCUUGAAAAGGUGGAUAGAAUCGAUAUUUUGCGAUUAACGCUCGAGGACAAGUUGUGCGUGCCCGGAGACAUGAAUUGGAAUUACUAUGGAAACAAGACCGAGGGCUGGAUGCCCCAGGAUCUCGUCGACCUCGCGGAGAAGGCACGAUUCGUCGCGUGGAAGCGUCACAGCAACAAGAUAGCGAAUGAUUAUAAAACGGCAGAAAAAUUGAAAGCGCCAAUUAUCAUAACUGAGGAGGACGUUAACACCGCACUGAAGGGUUGCACGCCGAUGUCUCUGCAGGGUGUACAGUUGUACAAGAGUGGCAGCCAUUCUUGGUCCGAUAUCGGUGGACUAGCGGACACGAAGAGCUGCCUCACGGAAAUUCUGCAGUGGCCGCUCAAGUACCCGGAGAUCUUCAAGAACGCUCCGAUAAAGCUCCAAAGCGGCGUUCUGUUGUACGGUAUGCCGGGCACCGGGAAAACGAUGCUGGCCAAAGCGAUCGCUGGCGAGUGCGGGGUGAAUCUGAUCAGCAUCAAGGGUCCAGAAUUGCUGUCAAAGUACAUAGGCGUCAGUGAGGAGUCCGUGAGAGAUGUAUUUGAAAGAGCUCGUCGUGCUAAGCCGUGCGUUUUAUUCUUUGAUGAAUUCGACAGUCUUGCAUCGAGACGCGGUAACGACAACACCGGAGCCACCGAUCGUGUGGUGAAUCAAUUGUUAACGCAGCUUGACGGAGUCGAAGAUCGCGAGGGGGUGGCAGUCGUGGCAGCGUCCUCAAGGCCCGAUUUAUUGGACCCAGCUCUUUUGAGACCGGGGCGCCUUGACAAGUGUUUGCAUUGCCCUUUACCGAAUAAGUUGGAAAGAGAGGCAAUCUUCGCAGUUUCAUGUGGUUCCCAAAAUGUAGACGUAUCCGAGCUGGACCUGAAGGUACUAGCCGAACUCUCUGAUGGCUUUACCGGGGCUGAUAUCAACGCGGCGAUUACUUCGGCGAGACUAUCAGCGUUUGAAGACGCCUUAGCGAUUGCGACGGACGGUAAAGUCAAUGCAACUGCCAUUAAAGUUACGCAAACACUACUCGUGGAGUCUGUCAAGUCGACAAGACCGUCCUUGUCCACUGCCGAAAAAUUGAAAUACACCAAGAUUUACGCUCGGUUUUCUAAGGAGGGCGACUUCGUGGAGGAUGUGCUAAAGAACCAGAAGAUAACUCUGGCUUGAUUGGAAUCUUUUUAUUUUUAAUUGUUAAAUCAAGCUCAAAUUUUUCAAGAAGAAGAAAAAAAAUAUAAAACCAAGUUGGUAUUAAAAGUAUCAAGUAUUACUUAUAACGAUCAACAAUACAUAAUAUAAUACUUAAUAAACGAUCUUAUUAGGUCAUCAUUGGUGUGCCAUUAUACUUUAAACAUUGUUCUAAUCAUCGUUUUAACCGCAAUAGAUUAGAAAUCUUGUUACAUAAUUAUGUUAAACAAAAAUUGAUAAACCUCAGUAACAUUAGAAAUUCACAAUCUGUCUGAUUAGGUCAAAACCCUUAAACACAUGGAUCUGAGAGGUUCAGACAAUUUUGAGAACACAACUUUGGUCCUAAUCAAUAUUUUCCAAACAAACAAAAAAAAAAA